AUGCUGCUGUACCUUCCGACCGAAACCAUCAUUCACGUCCUGGAGCUAGUCGACUAUAGCACUAUCCUAUCUUGUGGGGCGACGUGCAACAGGUUGCGAGCAAUAACAACAAUCGCAGAGCCUCUGUUAUACACCACCACUCUUGCUACCAGUGGACUACGGGAAACGAAUGACGGACAGUACGGAUCGCUCACGGUGUCAGAGAAACUGGCUCGAGUGCGCGAGUAUGGCCGUGUCGGGAGUCGAGGUGGCCAGCUCGUUCUCUACGGCCGCAUGUCCAAUCUUUCCUCCAAACUGAGCUACGGAUAUUGGAUCACUCAAACGCGUGCGGAGGAUGGAUCUUUGACCGUCAGUCGUGUCAACAUGGGUGGACCGCGGUGCCGCGAUCUUUCGCCCCAAGAGCAACUCUUGUCCUCUAUUCCGGGACCUCGACCUGAACGAUGCGCCCUGUUCCACUACGACCCCGAUAAUGCGAUAGGGAUGACCUACGAAUCGGAACCUCACUCAUGGUCAUUGACAGGACGUCAUAUAUGGGCAUUCAACGUGUGGGACUUGAGCUCAGUCAAUGCAACUAUCUUAAGCAGCUUUAGUGCUAGUCCAAUGCUACUGCAUAACCAGAACUGGAGUGCAUACGGGUACACGAUGUCGUAUAGGAGCGGGGGCAAACAUAUCAUCAGGGACCUGCGCCUCACGGAGCCGAUUCAGACAUUGGAGAUUCCAUACAUAACUGAGCCUGCGAGGGCUGGCUAUGUUUGCCGACGUGUAGUUGCCGACGAUAUGUUGAUUGUCACGAGAAAUCCGAUCGCGGAGACCCCAAAGCUCAGAACAGACCCCAGGGAUUUCCCCGUGGCGCCUUCGUACGAAGUUCAUCUCCUCAACGCAGACCAAUCCACGACCUUAUUUACGCUCAACCUACCCCGGUUGAAUGAGGAAUGGCACGGCGCUACCGUUGAGCGUUCAGCACGCCGACCUGCGGUCGACGGGGCCUUCGGACGCAUGGACAGUGUUGCAGCUACCUAUCAAGACCAUCAACUUUUCCACGACCAUUGGCGUUUCCGAUGUCCCAUCACCUUGGCUAUGGAUGGCUCGCUGAUGGAGUACACGGAGAAUGAUGUUCUCGUCUGCAUUCACGUUCCUAGAGUGCGCGAGCUCCUUCGCGCUCGCUCUGCCGAGGAAGAACACUCCCGGUUCCUCGAAUGGGACGAGUGGGCCGCGCAUGCGCGCAUUGUCGUUCCUCGUUCACCUCCGGUACCGCAUUCCAUGCAAUGGUGCAGCUCGGAAAACACGACGGGAAUGCGCGUUGCGUUGUGGCUCCAAUGCUCCGACGAAGAAGAGUUGGGUUCACCAGAAUCGGCAUCUGCGGCGCGCAUGAUAGCCCUCCUAGAUUUCUAUCCGCAUAGGGCGAGGCGUCCGCAUUCUGAUGCGGACGCGCAUUUCCCCCGGCUUGCGCUCGAUGACAGCCUGCGUGGCGGCGGCAUGGUUCGGCCUUUCAAGGACGAGAACGCAUACGCUGGCGGACUGGCCUGUGCGGAGUACACAUAUAAGUUGCCGCCGGACGUCUCCACCGAAAGCAAUAGGUACACGGUGCAUGCGACUACGUUGGAUGGUGUUGUGAUCACCCAAGGAAGCCAUCAGGCUGGCAACAUGGAAGAGAAAUAUUACACUUUCAGGUCUUCGACUUGGCAUUAUCGGUAG